UCGGGCUGCCUGCGGGCACCGGGGGGGGGAUUAGAGAGAAGUGGGGCUUCCCGGGAGCCGGUCUGAGGGGAGGGCGGUGCUGUUGUGUGGCGGCCGGGAAAACAGGAGUUUACAUUUGGGAAAGAGGCGGCCUGUUAAAACGUCGGCCUUCUGUCUCAAGUCUGCAAGCUUAAACGUCUUAGCGACUGUUCUCAGCGUUACGGUCAUGUGCGUUGCCGCUUGGCUUUCUGUUUUUAUUCCGUUUAAAAGUUAUAUCUCACUGUUUCGGCGUUGCUUGGCUUGUUGAUAGCGCGUUUUUACUGAGCCUACCUGGAGGGAGCACCAAACAAACGCUUACAGCAUGCGGGGUGACGUGAAAGGAAAACCUGAAACUCGGAGUGGGAUUACGUCUGAAGCUGCUUGUUUAGCAUUGAGUCCCUGCCCUCUCAGGGCUGCGCGGCUCCAUUUUGCCCAGAUUUUCAAACAGGUUACCUUGAAGAAAAUUCUACGGUGUAAUUUUAUGGUGUCCAAGCAGCUCAUCUAUUGAUACUUAGUAAAUCUAUAGUAAAAUAGCUUCUGAGAGUGCCGUCAUCUGGAUCCUGAGGUUACUUUUAGGAAAAUGUGGACUGCCAGAAGUCUCUCUACUGCACAAAUACAAAUACUUGAGUUGAAAGAAGGCAGAUUGUGUAGUUCCAUUCUUCCGAAAAACCAGCAGUUCUGGACUGGAAUUCUAAACUGUUUUACCUUGAGAGCACCAUAUGACAGAGCUAAAUGCCAGGUUUCCAAGGUGAAUGAAAACCAGUCAGUAAUAGAUACUGCAGUUGCUAUUAGUGCAGAAGGAACUAAAAGAACUUCUGGAAAUAGUCCCAGUGGAGAAUAUGAUGGAAAACAGCACACAUUAGAAGGAAAAAUGAAACAUGUCAAUCUGUCAUUUGCAUCGUGUGGGUUUCUGGGUAUUUACCACUUGGGGGCAGCAGCUGCUCUUUACAGGCAUGGUAAGAAGUUACUGAAAGUUGUGAAAGAUUUUGCAGGAGCUUCUGCGGGAUCCCUGGCUGCCACUGUCUUAUUGUCAGUACCAGAAAAUAUAGAGAAAUGUCAGCGGUUUACCUAUGAAUUUGCAGAAGAAGUCAGAAAAUUGGACUUUGGUGCAGUAACUCCUGGUUACGAUUUUAUGAAAAGACUUAGGGAAGGCAUAGAAUCUAUUCUUCCUUCUAAUGCUCAUGAGAUAGCUGAGAAUCGGCUCUAUGUGUCCGUUACUAAUGUGAGAAAUGGGAAGAAUUACUUGUUUUCAAAUUUUGCCUCCAGGGAGGAUCUCAUUAAGGUCCUGCUAGCAAGUAGUUUUAUACCAGUAUAUGCUGGAAUGAAGCCAGUCGAGUAUAAAGGAGAGAAGUGGGUUGAUGGUGGCAUUACCAAUGGCCUCCCUAUCUUGCCUUUUGGACGAACGAUUACGAUUUCUCCUUUCAGUGGUCGAUUAGAUAUCUGUCCACAGGAUAAAGGACGUGUGGAUCUGUAUGUUAAAUUUGCAAAACAAGAUAUAAUGUUGUCUUUGGCCAACCUAGUAAGACUUAAUCAAGCUAUGUUCCCACCAAACCAGGAGAAAAUGGAAUCACUGUACCAAAAUGGAUUUGAUGAUGCUGUACAUUUUUUACGAAAAGAAAACUGGUUUGAAUAGGCAAAACAUAAAAAAUAAAGCUUGAUGGCUUUCAAAACACUGGUAUAGACAUUCUAAUUCAAAUCUAAGAUAUUGUUAUCACAAUUUCUGUAUAUUGAAAUAAAAAGUCCCAUUUGGAAUUGCAUCAUCUUCUGCCAGGAAAGUAUCAGCUCCAUUCAGAAGACCUGUAUAAACUUGUCUGAUUGAGAACUGAACUUGGCUAGUAUUUGGCUUGUUUGAGAAGAUUCAAGUUUUGAUCCAUAACUGGACCUUAAAUUGGCAAUUGUAAAAGCUUCUGUUACCAUAAUUAUAGAAAUUCGGAAGACUUUUUCAGUGUUAUUUGAGAGACUAAUCAGUGUUGUAGUCUGUACUCCUCACGUAAUAUAGCAGUUGCGCAUGCUCAUCGAGUGUUUGCAAUAUUGCUAAUCUAAUUUACUUCUUAAAGCAUUUUAAAGGAUCUGAACUCUUAGCUCUAGCCACAAGAAAUAAAACAUUUGCACUUUUACCUCUGAUACGUUUAUUUUUUUUGAACAUGAAAGUUUCUGUGCUUCUCAGUAAGUGCACUUUCUCAAUUAGAAAUACUAUUUGAAAGUUGUAACAGAAUUGUGAUGUUUUGUCCACUAAAAAUAUCUUUUACAGAGGGGUAGUUAUUUUUACUGUGUUUUCUUCUGCUGCUAAAAUGGAAUGAACUUAUUUUCUUGAAACUUUUGUGAAGAAUUUAUUUGUAAGUUUCUCAGAAUGCUUUAUUCAUAAAAUAAAUGUUUUAUUGCAACCUGAUAAAGUGCCUGGAUAUAAGUUCUUUUACCAUUCACCUUGCAGUGAUUUCCUUAAAUGCAAGUUCAGAAAUUUUAGUCUUACUGCCUAAAUUCUAAAAUCAACAACUACUUAAAAGCAAAGCAUUUGUUUCUUAAGUGUACUUUUUAAGAUGAAUUCUUAAUGUUUACAAAAAAUUGAGAUUGAAUUAUGUAUAGCACUUCUCCAAACUAAUUGAAAAUCUAGGGAGGUGAGAAUUACAGUUAAAUUAUACAUAUUUUGUUGCUGUUUGAAGGCCUCUUAAUGUAAGCAAUGUAUUCAUAUGUAGAUGAUAUCAGGAUAGGAUUCAUGUGAUAGGAUUGAAUUCUAUUGCUGUUUUUGCUAGAAAAAUAAGAAUGCUUUGCAUCAAUAUUUUUAGAUGCAUGAGUUCUGUAUGCAGUGAAAAUAGAAUAUGAUUUCCAGGUACGUAGAACUUCAGAUAUGUAGGACAACACUUCUACAGGUAGAGCUGAAAUGCUUUGAUGCUACAAAGAUACUCAUGCCCUGCAUGCCUUCAUUCUUACUUACACAGAAGAGAACUUUUAACAUAAAUAGAAAUCGUGAAUAAUGCUAUUAAAAGAUGAUUGCAAACUGAUCUGCUCUAGCCUAAGUUUAUAAUUCAAUUUGAAUACUUGUUUUGGUACUAUGGCAGAAUCUUCUUUUCUGUGUAGCAUUCUGAGGGCUUGGAGCUACUCAUGAACUUUCAGAAAAGCAGAACCAGCGCUAUAUCUUCCUGAGCAGUCAUGGAGCCAUGUACAUUUAGCAAAUCUGUACAAAGCUUGUUUACCUGGAUGCAGUUCUAUAAGAGCUGCCUGUUAAUAUUAUUAAAUGAAAAACUCGUUUCUUGAUAACGUAUGUUGCUUUUGAGCAUUGUGUGUCACAGUUUGAUAUGCUCUUUAGUUUAUUAAAACCUGGCUUCUUUCUGUAUAUAUUAAUAGAGGAAUAUAAGCCAUAUCCUUUACACUGAGCUCUAAGUGCCCCAGGCAGUGUUCAGUUCUUUAGAAACUGACCUUCAGAUGUUUAUGAUAACAUAAUGCUCUUCAGGAGGAAUAAAAUUAU